AUGGACACCCUGUUGAGGCUGAGAAGGGCUGCAUCCUCAGCUGCCAAUGCUGUGAUGACCUCGAGUUCCAGUGGGAAUACAACUGUUGCCCCAGAUGGAGGGUCUCCAGAGGAACCCAAAACUAGGAUUGAUGAUCUCAAAGAGAAAUUCAUGGAUGAGUUCAAGAAAUUGCCAAUAUGGGCAGUUAUUCUGAUCAUUGCUGGGGGCAUCCUGCUGCUGUCCUGCUGCUUGUUCUGUCUGUGCAGACGAUGCUGCAGGAAGAGGAAGAAGAAGGAAGGCAAGAAGGGACUCAAAGGAGCUGUGGACCUGAAGAGUGUGCAACUCCUUGGCAACUCUUACAAGGAAAAGGUACAGCCUGACCUGGAUGAGCUACCAGUCAAUAUGGAGGAUAAUGAGGAUGCCGAGAGCACUAAGUCUGAGGUCAAACUUGGAAAGUUGCAGUUCUCCCUGGAUUAUGACUUUCAGAAAGGGGAGCUGUCAGUGAAUGUCAUUCAAGCUGCAGACUUGCCAGGGAUGGACAUGUCUGGAACCAGUGAUCCUUAUGUGAAGGUCUACCUGCUGCCAGACAAGAAGAAAAAAUAUGAAACCAAGGUGCACAGGAAGACACUAAAUCCAGUCUUCAAUGAGACCUUCACCUUCAAGGUCCCGUAUGCUGAAGUUGGGUCAAAGAUCUUGACCUUUGCUGUCUAUGAUUUUGACCGAUUCUCAAAACAUGACCAGAUUGGGCAGGUGCAGGUACCUUUGAACUCUAUUGAUCUUGGACGAGUUGUAGAGGAGUGGCGGGACCUACAGUCUCCUGAUAUGGAAUCAGAAAAGGAAAACAAGCUUGGAGACAUCUGCUUCUCUCUGCGUUACGUUCCCACCGCAGGAAAACUGACUGUUGUCAUUCUGGAGGCUAAGAAUCUCAAGAAGAUGGAUGUUGGGGGCUUGUCGGAUCCCUAUGUCAAAAUCUCUCUGAUGCUGAAUGGAAAACGAGUGAAAAAGAAGAAGACUACCAUCAAGAAAUGCACUUUGAAUCCAUACUAUAACGAAUCUUUUACAUUCGAAGUUCCAUUUGAACAAAUCCAGAAAGUCACUCUGAUAAUCACUGUGGUUGACUACGAUCGUAUUGGCACCUCAGAGCCAAUUGGCAGAUGUGUCCUGGGCUGUAACUCUUCUGGGACAGAGCUCAGACACUGGAGUGACAUGCUGGCCAAUCCUCGCCGGCCAAUUGCACAGUGGCACACGCUCCAGGAAGUGCCAGAGAAGAGCUAA